AUGAAACUUUACAUUUUGGUCCUUUUUAAUUGGUGGAUUUCACGACUAUCAGAAAAAAAUAAUGAUUUCUGUUUUCUUUUUCCUAUUCAUUUACAAACUAAAAUUUUAGUAGUUUUAAAUGGACAUGAUUUUAUUAUUGAGAUUGGGCAAUUAGAUUCACAAUUUGGUUCAUAUCUAAGCUAUAUUUGCAAAUACGAUGGAAUACAAAGUGAAUUAUGCAAAACACCAACAGAAGCUAUUACAACU